CAAUCAAGGCAGCAGCAGCUCUCCGGUGACUUUUGGCAGUUUUCGCCUCAAGCUUGCCACAGGGGGAAUAUCCAGCUCUUAAAAGAGGCAACAGCGUUAUCUAUCAGCCCCGUCCUAAAUUGUUUACAUCCCAUCUAGAUAUAUUAGAAGUCCCCUUCAUGCAGGCAAAAUGACGCAGAAGGCCCUUUCUGUGUCGGGCUGGCCCGCGGGGCUCUGCCCCGGGUCACGGGCUGAGUCGGAACCGGACCUGAAGGCGCCGGCGGGGGCUGCGGAGAAGAUGCAGAUGAAGAAGGAGAUCUCCCUCCUGAACGGGAUCUGCCUGAUCGUGGGCAACAUGAUUGGCUCGGGCAUCUUUGUCUCGCCCAAAGGCGUGCUCAUGUACAGCGCCUCCUAUGGGCUGUCGCUGGUCAUCUGGGCGCUGGGCGGCAUCUUCUCUGUCUUCGGCGCGCUCUGCUACGCCGAGCUGGGCACCACCAUCACCAAGUCCGGCGCCAGCUACGCCUACAUCCUGGAGUCGUUCGGCGGCUUCAUCGCUUUCAUCCGCCUCUGGACCUCCAUCCUCCUGAUCGAGCCUGCCAGCCAGGCCGUCAUCUCACUGACCUUCGCCAACUACCUGGUGGAGGGGCUGUACCCCACCUGCCAGCCGCCCUACGACGCCAUCAGACUCAUCGCUGCGGCCUGUCUGUGCAUGCUCAUCUUCAUAAAUUGUGCCUAUGUGAAGUGGGGCACCUUGGUGCAGGACAUCUUCACCUAUGCCAAACUCAUGUCCCUCAUCCUGGUGAUCAUUGUGGGCCUUUUGAAGAUAGUGCAAGGUGAAACGCAGAAUUUCGAGAACCCAUUUGAGGGCUCCACCACAGAGGCGGGGAGCAUCGCCCUGGCUUUGUAUUCUGCCCUCUUCUCCUACUCGGGCUGGGACACCCUCAAUUUCGUUACUGAGGAGAUCCAGAACCCUGAAAGGAAUCUACCGCUGGCUAUUGCAAUCUCCAUGCCCAUAGUGACCAUCAUCUACCUGCUGACCAACGUUGCAUACUACGUGGUGCUGGACAUGCCUUCCCUUCUAGCCAGUGAUGCUGUUGCUGUGACAUUCGGGAAUGCAGUCCUGGGUCCUGUUAAGUGGAUCAUACCCAUCUCCGUGGCGAUGUCCUGCUAUGGAGGGCUAAAUGCCUCAAUCAUCGCUGCCUCCAGGCUGUUCUUCGUGGGGGCGAGGGAAGGACACCUCCCUGACAGUCUGAGUCUGAUCCAUGCGGAGCGCUAUACCCCUGUCCCUGCCCUUCUCUUUAAUGGGUUGAUGGGAUUGAUCUUCCUCUGUGUGGAGGAUGUCUUCCAGCUCAUCAACUACUUCAGCUUCAGCUAUUGGCUGUAUGUGGGUCUGUCUGUUGCCGGCCUGAUCUACCUGCGCGUAACACAGCCCGACCGGCACCGGCCUGUCAAGCUGACCCUCUUCUUCCCCCUCGUGUACUGCUUAUGCAGCCUGUUUCUGGUCAUCGUCCCGCUCUAUAGCGACACCAUCAACUCCCUGAUUGGAAUCGGCAUCGCCCUGUCCGGCGUCCCCGUCUACUACGUGGGGAUUCACCUGCCUGAGUCUAAGAGGCCCAAGUUCAUAGGCUGGCUGAACGCGGCUGCCACCAGGUACACCCAGAUCCUCUGCUACUCCUGCCUGACGGAGUUUGACACGGAGCCGGAGAAGCUGGCGGACAACAAGACCCAGUGAUGUCACAUUGUGGCCCACCGCCACGUACCUGGAGCGUGGACCACCAUUCUCCAGGAGGGACUAGGUUAAGGAAUCCCCUGAUGGACCUGGGGAAGGGAAAUUGGUGUUGCACUAGUGGACCCUUGCCUCUGCAAUGCUUUGAGUCACUUGCUGUACAGGUGAUUUGACAUAGUUCUUAUUAGUUUGUUUUCGAACAUUUAAUCUUUAAAAAGGACAAAAAAAAAGAAACCUCAUGAGGAGGACGUUUGGACCUCCCUUCUGGUGUGGUCUUUGCUGGUCUUGUGUAUGUGGCCCUGAUCUUUAAAGGACUGGGGAUAUACUGAGGAGAAGCUAUCAGCCUGGCUGCCAGCAGCCUGUGGGUCUUGGAUCUCUCAGGGUUUAAGGACUGCAGGGAGCAUCCAAAGUGGACUUCUUACUUGAAUACAUGUAAAAGGAUAACUGUGCCUGUCAAAACCUUGGGAUUUUACUUUCUUUAGAAACAUUUUCUAAUAAUGUAACCGUGAAUUUAACACGUAAUGUUAUGUUUGGAAAUUUUUCUGUGUUUAUUGCAUAAAGUAACCAUUCUGAGCAAUUCAGUAAAAGCAACACAGAUCUGACAAACACAUUUAAAUUUUGCUGCAGCCUCGGUUGUGUUGCUUUAUACCCUGUGGCAAGACUUUCUGUCAUGUUGUGUUUCUGUGGUUUACAUCAGUAUCUGACUGAUGUUAUGUUCCUGUGGUUUAACAGACUGAUAUUGCGUUUGUGGUUUACAUUAACUUCAGAUCAGUGCCGACUUGCAACCAAGGUGGACCAACAUGCGUGCAAGUAGCCACAAUAACCGCAUAGACACAUUGAAAGUAUACAAGUUAAUAUUUUUCGAUUUUAAAAAAUCCUACGAUUUUCAUAAAAUACCUACACAGUUCAAAUCACCAAAAACUGCAAUAAAUGGCUCAUGUCAAAAGUUUUUACCUGCAAUCCACAAAUAUUUGUUUGUGAUUCAUGUGUUUGAUGGUCACAUUAUGAAUAUGUGUUAUAACUUCUUGACAGGAGUACUUUGUUACCAGAUUUUUUCAUAGCUUGGCUCCACAUAUUGCUGUCUUUAGUGAAACUCUUUUCAAUGUGGCCCAUAGCUGAACUGUAAUCUAUUGAAAUUGGUGAUGUAGAUUUGCUCUUAACAUUAUACCUUUGGUUGCCACUAGGGGGAUUGAGGGUGAAAUUUUCCUUGUUUUCCCCGUAUAAACAGUUGGGGUUGUUUGUGGUUUUAUAUCCUCUCAGGAGCAAAGCGUUUGUUGUCUGUAAGGAGUUCCAUUUAGGCACAUCUCAUUCCUGUGGGUUAUAACCACCAUUACUUGGAUUGUGCUUGGAUGAAACAUGAUCUGUGAAGCGUGCACUCUUUUCCUAAGAGCUCUAUAUUGAUUCAGAUUGAUUGAAUUUUAUUAAAAAGGAAUGUAAAUCUUGUGAGACCAUGUCUUUAGGACAGCAGCACUGUGGUUUCCCCUGCUUUAUGGGGUUAACUUUUUGAGUUCGCUUGAAGAUAUGGCUUUAAAUAGAGCAGGAGGGGAGGGUGGUGAUGACUGGGUUAGUGUCACCUGUCUUGGGUGUUCUUGGCUAGAAUGUCUGUCUGGCUGUUGGCACGUCUGGCCAAGGCCUCCGCUCUCCUUCCCACUAAUCCUAAAUCAGACUCUCUGUAACUGGGUAACAAGAUUGAGGGGUGCAGUCAAUCUAAGCCCAAAAACACAGGUGAUAAAUCAUAACCACAAAUGAAUGGAUUCUAGAGUGUUACCUUGGGCCAUUAUUCGCAUGAUAUUUUUUUUUUCCUUUUUUCCUCCCGGUUUGACUAAAUGGUCACAUACUUUGAUCUG